AUGGACGUCACAACGGCAUCCACCAGCUCGACGACCGACACCGUCUCACCCCUCCAGGUAGGCGUCUUCUACCGCCACGCCUCCCGUCGUCUGCACUACUUCCCCGCGCUGGCAUCGGUCUCGUGGUUCGGCACGCUGACGGCCCUGCUGGUGCGCUGGCUCUGGCUCGGCCGUCCGCGCUACCCGGGGCAGGCGAAUCCGACCGUGCCCUUCAUCAGCGACAUUGCCGCCUUCCAGUUCAAACCCGUCUUCGUCGUCGGGUGUUCCGUGACGGCCGUAUGCUUCGUCGGCACCGUCUACGCCGUGCACCACGUCCGAUACGCCCCCAGCUUCUACGGGCUCGUCGACGAUGCGCCUUGGCGGAAGACCCUGAGCGGGGUGGCCACGGUGUCUGGUCUCGCGGCGGGGACGUGCCUGCUCCUCCUGAGCGUGUUCGAUACCUUUGAAGAACAUCAGAAGCAUCUCUGGCUUCUUGCCGGCACCUUUGGCGGUCUGGCCGUCAGCUCAGUUGCCACCGAGGCGGUUUGGUGGGACGAGACGUGGCGCGCUGCAAGGUUCCCUGGUCUGAGGAAGUGGUGCAUUGCUAAUAAUAUCCUCGUCGCCUGCAUCGCCGGCGUCGGCAUGGCCUUUCUCGUAUUCCUCCUUACCGAUUACAACGGACGCGCUGGACUGCUCGAGUGGACGCUCACCUACCUCGGUUCCAUCUGGCUCGGCACGUUUACCGGAUACAUACAGUUUCGCGAGCGAGGAGGCGUGGCCACGGCCGGGCAGGAUGUCGACGCUGAACGGCAGCCUCUGCUGGUGGCCGACGAUGGCGGGGGUUGA